AUGGUGGUGAGUGGAACUGGGAAAGGCAGCAAGGGAGCGUGUACCUAUACAAGGGGGAUGCUGCCAUGCAACAAUCCCUUGGCUCACUCAUGGUCUGCUGCACCGAGCAAUGCAAGUGGAUACUCUGACCGUUUGAAUGCAACGAACUUUCAGAAUUUAAUGUAUCCGUCAAGCACUUCUCAAGGCGGAGUUCCUGGUCAAUCACCUCAAUUGAAGGCAUCGUCGAUGAGAGUGUCAACUCCAUCUUCAGUUGCCUCUAUACCUGCUGCAUCCUCACCUUCUAAUUUGAUUAUGAUGAAGAACAGUGGUCUCCAGCAACAACAAGCAAAAGCUCUGCAGGCUCUCCCCAUCCCAAAUUACCAGUCACAAAGCAUGAGUUCGUCAAAGAUUGGGCACUCCCUUACUAAUCUUUCUAGUGGAGGAGGAGGGGACCUAUCUCGAUCUUCAAAUGCUCCUGUUGCUUUUGGUUCGCCAUCUACUUCAGUCUCCAAAAGUAUUGGUGGUAGCCCACCUGCAUCUGGAAGUGCGAAGGGUGGCCAGCCAGUUGUCCAAUUGUCAUCGCCUCAACAACAUGCAGCCAAGAACUCUCCUUCGACUUCUGGAUCCAAGUCAGCCUCCACAAAUCACUACAGCAGUAUGCCUAUGCCAUCUAUCCUUGGUCAGCAGCCAAACAUGGCUCACUCUGGCGGUAAGCAGCAGUCCCAUGGACCCUCAUUGAAGCAACAUCAACCAUUCUCGCAAGGCCACUUCUUCAUCUCCAAUGCGUUCGCACCACCACAAGGUCCGCCUCAGCAUGUAAAUGCUGGAGUUGGUGCUGUCCUCUACCAAAAGCGCUCGACUGACAAGACGCGGCAGCAGCAACAGCAGAAUGUUGUAUCUGGUUUGUCUGCUAUGCUCUCUCUUGGUUCCAUGUCAAUGUCCACAGCUGCGAUUCCAGCUAAUGCAGGGAAGGCAGCCGGCAGUAACAUGAAGGCCAAUCUUCAUCCAACUGCUGGUGAUUACCCUGACUAA